UGUGUGAGCACGUGAAUUAGAGAAACGAAAACAAUCAUGCUGAUACUGCUGCAGUAGUUUCAGAAUAUCGUAUUUGAUUACACACAAUGUCUAGUACAAGAAAUGUUACUGAAGAAAGUAAAGCUUCUCAAGAACAACUUCGUAAAGGAAGAAGUACAAGACAGCUUCCAUCAGGCUAUAAGACCUUGUAAGAUCCGGAUGCAUAUCGUUCAAUAAAUACCAAUCACCUCCAACCGCCCCCUUUCCAGACAUCCUAACAGGACAAAUCUUCGGAAUCUUCCCCCUCUCGGGAAUAUUCAACGAGGACCCCAGCCGAGUCCGUUUGGUGUGGUCCUCGCUCCGGGUGAUCCUCGACCUGAUAGUGCUCGGAGCCGGAAUUGUAAACUCCAUAGCGGAAUGUAUGCGCCUGCAGAUGGUGGGAGUCAACGCCAAGAACAUCAACGGCCUGAUAUUCUUCAUCGAUGGGUGCAUCAUCAACGUGCUGUUCCUGCAGAUGGCCACCAAGUGGAACCGCGUUGUCGUCAAGUGGGACAGUGUCGAUAGAAUUUUCCUCACCGAGUCGUACCGGAUCGAGUCCAAGUGGACGCUAAAACGCCGGCUGUGGACUGCCACGGCGCUGCUGUUGGGAUUAGCUUGCUGUAAGUAA